AUGUCUUCCCCAACGACCAUCGGCCUCCGCAUGGGCGGCGUCUCGAGCACCGUCUUCGCCACCCAAGGCGUCUUCCUGCUGGGAAAUGCAUUCUACAGCAUUCUCUACCCAUCGUCCGUAGCCACGUUCGAGGGCUCUUCGUUAACCGGGACGCCCGAGGGCGCUGUGCAAUGUAUUGGCCUGACUUCUCUCGCUCUGGGGACAUACUACCUCAUCUCCAGCUACCAGCGACACACAGCUAUCAUGGUCUCGUCUGUGCCGUCACGGCUGCUGGCUGCUUGGGUUAUGCAUCGGAAUGGCGGGAAUUGGACCAGGGUUGCGGGGUUCGAGGCUGCUAUGGCUGUUGUGGCUGGUGCGGCGCUGAUUUGGGAUUGGUAUGUGUAG